AUGUCGCGUCUGGCUCACAGCACCCAUACUGAUCCCCUUGCGACAGAGGUUUGCCCUGUCUGCAAAUCCACUAAAUACAUGAACCCCAACCUCAAAUUCCUCGUCAACCCGGUAUGCUACCACAAGAUGUGCGAGUCCUGCGUGGACCGCAUAUUCAGUCAUGGGCCUGCGCCGUGUCCGAUCAAGGGGUGCAGUGAGACGUUGAGGAAGAACAGGUUUAGGAGGCAGACUUUUGAGGACAUUCAGGUGGAGCGAGAGGUGGAUAUCAGGAAGAAGGUGGCUAAGGUCUUCAACCGGAGAGAGGAGGAGUUUGAUAGCUUACGGGAGUACAACGACUAUCUGAACGAGGUGGAGGACAUUACAUUCAACCUUGUCCACAAAAUCGACAUUGAAAAUACAGAGAGACGAUUCCAAAAGCAUGAAGAUGAUUGGAGGGAGGCCAUCAAGGAGAACGCCUCCUUGGCCCAGCAGGAGCAGAUGCAGUACGCCGAGCAGCAGAAAGCCGAGCGAGAAAAGGCGCGUCGGCGGCGGGAGGAGGCGAGGAGAGAGGAGAUCGAGGAGAGGAGAGAGGCUGAGGCGACAAGAAAGGACAUGCUCAGAAGGCUAGAGAAUGGACAAGAUCCGGAGGAGGUCAAGAAGGAGCGCGCGGCCGUGCAGCUGAAGAAACGUCUGAAUAAGCAAGAAGCUGCCGACAGACAAUCACAAUUGCAAGCGGCGGACGCCAGGAACGGCAGCAGCAGUUUUGUGAUCAAAGGCCUCAAGAACAAGAAGGCGAAACUGGAGCCCGAGGCGCCUGUGGAUCCUUUCGGCGGCUUGACGUUUGAGCAUAGAUACUUUGCUUUGCAAGGCGAUUACGUCUGGGAAGGACUGCAAGAGGCAAAGCGAGACGUACUCAUUUCUGCAGGCGGCUACGACAUCGCGAGCUUCACUGGCAGGGCGCUUUGCGAGGCUUUUAGCGGGUUGGGCGUUAUGGUCGCCGACGAGGCUGUUGAGAGGGAGAAAUUACAGGAGCCGGAGGGCUUGAGCACCACAAGGGCGGAGGUCGCGGCGACAGAUGUCAAGAUGGAAGAUCCCUUUUGA